AUGCGACCACGUCUUCUCCGGCGGUUCCUCCUCCGCCAGCUCAAGACACCCGACAAGUCCACCCGGACAUUCACCCACAACUCGCCCGCCCUCUACAAUGCCCGCCCGCAGCUCCCAUUCCUCUCCAUACCCUCCCGCUUCCAGCGCCAACAAUGGCGCUACUUGACCACCGAGCGCAAGAUCUGGCUGCGGCGCGAAGCCAUUCUCACCGUCAAAUACAGCGCAUACUUUUGGGCAAUCAUGGCCUUCAUCGCCAGCGCUGCUUUCGCCGUCCAGCAGGAGUUCCUGGAGCGCCAGUUCCCAACACCGCACGAGUGGUCCUUCCGCACAAGGCAGUUGAAGAGGGGCGCCGAGGCUGAGAAGAAUAGGCCCGACGUCGUCAUGGAGAACUGGGCAUUGAUCAGCCAGAUGAUGAAGGAUGUCAUCUCCCGCCUCGAGGACCCCAAUUGCGACGGUAAGGGCCUCAAGGACAUGGGAUCAGAGAGCCCUCCCGGCACAAAGGACGUCUCCGCCAUGCCCGAGGCUUGGAGGCGAGGCUACUACGAGGCGCUCCUGACAUAUGCGAGAGCAUCCGAGCACGUUGACGGAUGGGUGCUUGACAAGACUAGGAAGACUGUCUUCCCUCCUGAUGUCGUCAGAGGCCCUUCCAAUCCAUUCCCCAAGCCCAUACCUCCGGGAGCGAAGUCCGCCCCACGGGAAGAGGACUGUGUGCCAGCGGGCUUCCCCAGCCCAGAUGAAUGUUACCUGAAGUUGUUGUCCACCGAGGGUUUCACAUCAAAACAACGCAUGGAUGCAGCGCUAGCGUACGCGAAUUGGCUCGAGUACAAGGGCGUGCUGGGGCCUGCUGCUAUCAUGUAUGACGACGCGGUAAACCUGGCCAUCGAGGAAAUUUACAGCCCCGGUACACCGCCGCUCAUCGACCCCAAAACAGCGGUCUUGAGCGACAAGGCCGACCGCAAACCGUCUGCCAAUCUCAUCACUUCCUUGACAGCACUAGCCACUUUCAAGGCGCGCCAUGAGGAGGUGUCCGCUGCCCUCCCCAUCCUCAUCUCCAUACUCAAGGCACGACGAUCAUUAUCCAGUGAGCCACCACAAAAGAGCCCCGAUGAGCAACUCGCCGCUCUCUACGACACUCCCAAAAAGGACGGUCCCUUGCAGACAGUGCUCAACCUCUUCAAGCCCCCACCAUACCCGCCACCACCAUCUGAUGGGACAUCACCGCCCAUCCGCGACAGCAAGGAGCUCUGCGAGGAGGCUGCACUGGACCUGCACAUUGGUGAGAUCAUGUACGUUCUCAAGAACUCAGCCCGCGAAGACGGUCUGGCUUGGACACGUGAGGGCGUCGACCUCGCAGAAGAGGAGCUGCAUAAGGUCCUACAAGACGACAAGGACAACCGAGAAGCUAAGAAGACAUGCCGCGAAUGUCUCGCCUCGGGCUUGGACAACUGGGCUGCUAUGGUGAGCCGCAUGGUCCAGGAGGAGGAGGCUGCCAAGGCAAACGGUCAGACCAAGUCGUCGGCGGGUUGGUUCGGCCUCUGGUCCGGCGGAAAGGUAGCCGAGGAGAACGGCGGGCGUUGGGCUGCUGAGGAGAAAGUGGUGAUUGAGAGGACGGUGCGGGCGCAGCAGAUCCUAGAGGACCUCGAGAAGCCGAAUGCCGGCUUGAUGACCUCGCUGCUGAGAGCUUAG